CUGAUAUGAGGACAGAGGAGAUACGACGGAUUCCCAGUUUGUCGUGUACAGUUUAAAAGGAAACCGUGUGCGGAUAAGGGCAUACGUGACAAGCCAGCUAAGAACCAGGAUUUACUGUAGAUUUUGGUUUUGUGUUGUGUGCAUUCGUUCAAGUGAAAUCCGUAUUCGAGAUCUGAAAGUUUUGGUUUAUUUUACUUCGUGUAUCCAUGUUUCCAUGUAACAGCGAAGAACACAAGUGUUUACAUGAGGAGAUAGAGGAGCGACAGUGCUUACUGGAAAAUAGAACAGUAUCUAUGAAUUGCAAACGAGGCGAAUACAAUAAAUUCCAAAUUGAUAGGCAGGAGAUGGAGUUAGUUGCAAGAAGAGUUCCGGUUACUUCCGAGGAAAAACUUCCCACCGAAGUCCGCGGCUGUUACGUCCAAUUUUGCGAGAUCACUUGCAGAAUGUGUUUCGUACCGACCCGACCGCAUCUGGAAGUAAAGUUAGAUCUGUAA